UUAUCUUAUGAUAGUAUGAAAGCAUUAAUUUACUUCUGCUAUGCAGCAGAUUUGGAGAAGUCUCAUCAUCAACGUGUAUCUGAGUUGCAACGGCUUCGCUCCAUAUUUGGUACAAGUGAGAGACAGUGGGUAGAAGCGCAGGUUCAAAAUACCAAGCAGCAAGCUAUUCUGAUGGCACUUAAAACUCAAGUAACAUCUGAUGAAGCUCACAUUCAUCUUGAUCUUCAUUCUCUCAGGAGGAAGCAUGCUGAAUUAGUGGGAGAACUUUCUAAUCUUCAUCACAAGGAAGAAAAAUUGUUAUCUGAGACUAUUCCUGAACUUUGCUGGGAGCUGGCUCAACUUCAGGACACAUAUAUUUUGGAAGGUGAUUAUGACUUAAAGGUUAUGCGCCAGGAGCUGUAUAUAAGCAAGCAAAAAGCGUUCAUUCAUCAUCUAAUCAAUCAGUUGUCAAGGCACCAGCUAUUAAAAAUUGCUUGUCAACUAGAAAAGAAAAACAUGCUUGGAGCAUAUUCUUUGCUUAAAGUUAUUGAGUCAGAACUUCAAGGAUACCUAUCAGCAACUAAAGGCCGAGUGGGCCGUUGCAUGGCAUUGAUUCAAGCUGCAUCUGAUAUACAAGAGCAGGGAGCAGUGGAUGAUCGGGAUAAUUUUCUGCAUGGUGUUAGAGACCUUUUAAGUAUUCAUUCAAAUCCUCAAUCUGGGCUGUCAACGUAUGUAUCGGCUCCAGGCAUUGUUCAGCAGAUAUCUGGUCUUCAUUCAGAUUUGAUGACACUUCAGUCUGAUCUUGAGAAUUCUCUUCCCGAAGACAGAAAUAGAUGCAUCAAUGAGCUGUGUACUCUCAUCCAAAGUUUGCAGCAAUUGCUAUUUGCUUCUUCAACAACUGCUCAACCAAUAUUGACACCUCGACCAUUGAUGAAAGAGCUUGAUGAAAUGGAGAAGAUCAAUGCGAAACUCUCUGCAGCAGUUGAGGAGGUGACACUUGAGCACUGUAAGAAAACCGAGAUCGUUAAACAUCAUUCCCAGGAGGUAGGACUACAAAGGCGGGUCUUUGUCGACUUCUUCUGCAAUCCAGAGCGUUUGAGGAGCCAAGUGAGAGAAUUGACUGCUCGGGUCAGAGCUCGGCAGGUUUCAUAACUAAUCUCAUUUACACUUGUAUCGUGUUUGGCUCCCUUCAGCCUUUAGUCCGUUGGACUGAGUUGUUACAUAUAGAAUUGCUCCGCCUUUAGAGGAGCUGUAAAUCAUGAUUGUAAGAAAAUCACUAGUUAUCAAUGCCAAUAUCUCUUUGCUAUCUA